GUAUUAUUGAAGCCAACGCCGAAAUUAUCAUAGAGAUUUAACCUCUCUCAUGGGUUUUUUUUUGUUUGUUUUUGAGUAAUUGAUCUCGAGAGCUAGCUAAAGACACUCUCGCCGGAGAGACAUGGCCGGGAGAUCUUCGCCGGGAAAAUGCUCCACGUGGCUUGACCUGAACAGAGAAGAAACAGUGGAGAAGAACAAUGAAGAAGAGUCAUCAGUGGAAGACGAAGACCAAAUCACGAAUAACGUUAGACAGUAUAUUCGGUCCAACAUGCCUCGGCUUCGUUGGACGCCUGAUCUUCAUCUCUCCUUCGUUCGUGCUGUCCAACGACUAGGCGGUCCAGACAGAGCGACGCCGAAAUUGGUUCUUGAGAUGAUGAAUCUAAAAGGAUUGAGUAUUGCACAUGUCAAGAGUCAUUUACAGAUGUAUCGAAGUAAGAAGCUCGAGCCGUCUUCUCGCCCUGGAUUUGGAGCUUUCAUGAGUGGACAAAGAAGCUAUUUGAUGGACAUGAUCGACUCUCGAUGUAUCCCUCAUAGCGAUUUAAGACAUGCCUAUAACUCUAAAACCGUUCCUUCGAGGGUACUCAAUCAAGACGCGGUCGUUACAAAUCUUGGAGGUAACUUUCUUAUGCGACCUUCGAGCUGGUUUAGCGGGUUAUGCAGAAAUGACCGAGACAGCACAGAGAACAAGACUCUGCCUCUACUCGAGAUUAGGAAGAAGAACAAUGAGAAAAGAGUCCGAGAUGAAGAAGUAUCAUCAGUCAAACGAUUGAAAUCAAUGUCCGGAGGUGGGAUACAGUUGCCUGAGUUUGGAAAUUGCAGGCAAAAACCAACAGAUGAUAUCAACACAAUGCUCUCGCUCUCUCUGUUGUCGACAUCAUCAGAACCGUAACCAACAUACUAGAGA